GGCUACUACUCAUCGGACAGCGCCGGCAGCGGCAGCUUCAGCGCAAAUCUUGGGUUCAAGUACCGUCCCUCGAAGCGUCCGAAAGCCAAGCCCUCCCUCGAUGACCUGCCCCUCCCCCCCGCCCCUCCCCCACCGGUGGGCACGUGCCCCCCAAUGAUGACGACGACGGCGAUGGUGGUGGUGGUGGGCGGAGUGGGGGGCUCCCUGGAGCGAGGCGGUGGGUGCGGUGACGAUGGCGAGCGGAGCCUGGAGGGGCAUUGCGGAGCCCCCGCGGACAAACUCUACGGCCUGCACGAAGCUCCACCUUACUCCCGGCCAAACUUCCCUGGUGGUGGUGGUGGCUACGGUAGUGGUGGUGGCUACGGUGGUGGUGGUGACUACGGUGGUGGCUACGGUGGUGGUGGUGGUGACUACGGUGGUGGCUACGGUGGUGGCUACGGUGGUGGCGGUGCCACCCCAGGUUUCGGCGCGGGACCGAUGAUGGGGCCUCGGCGGGCACCGUCCGGGAGGUCGUGUGGGCACGCCGACGCUGACGCCGACUUUGUGGAGGUCGCGGAUGAGACCCACGCCGGCAAGCUGUGCUACGCCGACAUGAGGUGAAGCUUCUUGCCGUUUCGUCGUGACGACGUUUUCUAAGAAACUGACCCCCAUCUCCCCCCCCCCCCACCAUAGCCCCCCC